GGAGCGGAGUGGGGAGAGUGCCGGGCCACCAUGCCGCGCUCAUUCCUCGUCAAGAGCAAGAAGGCUCACAGCUACCACCAGCCGCGCUCCCCGGGACCAGAUUAUUCCCUGCGUUUGGAGACUGUACCUGCGCCGGGCCGACCAGACAGCACUUCGAGUGCAGGCGGGGCGAAGGCGGAGCCCGGGGACCGUUUGUCCCCCGAGUCGCAGCAAACCGAGGCCCCCGACAGAGUCUCCACGUCCCCGGACAGCUGCGAAGGCAGCGUCUGCGACCGGAGCUCGGAGUUUGAGGAUUUCUGGAGGCCUCCGUCGCCUUCCGUGUCUCCAGCCUCGGAGAAGUCAGUGUGCCAGUCGCUGGACGAAGCCCAGCCCUUCCCCCUGUCUUUCAAGCCGUACUCGUGGAGCGGCCUGGCGGGCUCCGACCUGCGGCACCUGGUGCAGAGCUACCGGCCGUGCGCGGCCCUGGAGCGUGGCGCCGAGCUAGGCCUCUUCUGCGAGCGCGCUCGAGAGCCGGGCCACCCCGCAGCGCUGUACGGCCCGGAGCGGGCUACCGGCGGCGCGGGGAGCGGGGCGCCAGGGGGCUGCGGCGCAGGAGGCGGCGGCGGCGGCAGCGGCGCGGGCCUGGGGCUCUAUGGCGACUUCGGGCCCACGGCGGCGGGACUGUACGAGCGGCCCCGUGCAGCGGCAGCCGGGCUGUACCCAGAGCGCGGCCACGAGCUGCACGCGGACAAGGGCGCUGGCGUCAAGGUGGAGUCGGAGCUGCUGUGCACCCGCCUGCUGCUGGGCGGCGGCUCCUACAAGUGCAUCAAGUGCAGCAAGGUGUUCUCCACGCCGCACGGGCUCGAGGUGCACGUGCGCAGGUCCCACAGCGGCACGAGACCCUUUGCCUGCGAGAUGUGCGGCAAGACCUUCGGGCACGCGGUGAGCCUGGAGCAGCACAAAGCCGUGCACUCGCAGGAACGGAGCUUUGACUGUAAGAUCUGCGGCAAGAGCUUUAAGAGGUCGUCCACCUUGUCCACACACCUGCUCAUCCACUCAGACACCCGGCCCUACCCCUGCCAGUACUGCGGCAAGCGGUUCCACCAGAAGUCAGACAUGAAGAAGCACACCUUCAUCCACACAGGUGAGAAGCCCCACAAGUGCCAGGUGUGUGGCAAGGCCUUCAGCCAGAGCUCCAACCUCAUCACCCACAGCCGCAAGCACACGGGCUUCAAGCCCUUUGGCUGUGACCUGUGCGGGAAGGGCUUCCAGAGGAAGGUGGACCUCCGGCGGCACCGGGAGACGCAGCAUGGGCUCAAGUGA